AUGGAGAGCACAGGCCCACUGGCCACCUCGCGUCGGCUGCUGCUGUUGCUGCUGCUGCUGCUACUACCACCUCCUACCUGCCAGGGACUGCCCCCAACCCAGAGGGCCCAGGACUCUCCUGCUGUGCACCUCAACAAUGGCCCAGGACAGGAACCUGUUAUGGUCUUCGCCUUUGACCUCACCAAGAUGACAAAAGCCUCCUCCUCCUUUGAGCUUCGAACCUGGGACCCAGAGGGAGUGAUUUUUUAUGGGGAUACCAACCCUAAGGAUGACUGGUUUGUGCUAGGACUUCGGGAGGGCAGGCCUGAGAUCCAACUGCAUAAUCACUGGGCUCAGCUUACAGUGGGGGCUGGUCCUCGGCUGGAUGAUGGGAAGUGGCACCAGGUGGAAGUAAAAAUCGAUGGAGACUCGGUGCUGCUGAGGGUGGAUGGAGAGGAGGUGUUACGCCUGAGACAGGUCUCUGGGCCCCUGGUCAACAAAUCCCAGGCUGUCAUGAGGAUUGCACUAGGGGGGCUGCUCUUCCCCUCCUCCAACCUUCGGUUGCCGCUAGUCCCUGCCCUGGAUGGCUGCCUGCGUCGGGAUACCUGGUUGGACAAACAAGCCCAGAUCUCAGUCUCUGCCCCCACUAACAUCAGAAGCUGUAAUGUGGAGUCACAGCCUGGGACAUUUUUCCCUCCAGGGACUCAUGCAGAAUUUAAUCUCCAAGACAUUCCUCAACCUCAUGCAGAACCCUGGGCUUUCUCUCUGGAUCUGGGACUUGAGCAAGCCACAGGCUCAGGCCACCUCCUUGCCCUUAGGACACCAGAGAACACUUCUUGGCUCAGCCUUCAUCUCCAGGAUCAAAAGGUGGUACUGACUCCUUGGUCAGGGCCAGGGCUGGAUCUGCCCCUGGUCUUGGGACUCCCUCUUCAGCUGAAGCUGGGUAUGUCCAGGGUGGUCUUGAGUCACGGGCCGAAGACAGAGGUGCUUGCUCUGCCUCCCCUGGGCCUUGGUCCCCUGCUCAACCUCUGGGCUCAGCCUCAAGGGCAUCUCUUCCUGGGGGCUUUACCAGGAGAGGACUCUUCUGCCUCUUUUUGCUUGAAUGGACUUUGGGCACAAGGCCAGAUACUGGACAUGGACCGGGCCUUGAGCAGGAGCCAGGACAUCUGGACUCACAGCUGUCCCCAGAGCCCAGCCAAUGGCACUGAAGCCCCCCAUUAAAGCUCCACCUAAGAACCCCUUUUGAAAGU